CCUUCGCAACCAUCACGAGAGACUCAGCAAGGCCCGCAAGUGAAGGUCGCUUUUCCUGUGAGCCUGGAUGGCAGCUCGCCUCGCUCAUUACGACGAUGGCCCAUCCUCAAGCGCACCUCACCCGCUCUGGAUCCUGAGACAUCACUCCCCUGUUCCGGUGACUGCGCUUGCCUUCCAUGAGGCUGCGGCUCAAAGGGACGAUGAGGAUAGCGACGACGACGAGGACGCAGCAGACGGCUCGUUGCUACUCGUAGCGGGCGAUGCAGAUGGCCAAGUCUCUCUCAGCUCUGUAGCCACCUACCGACCUCAGCACUUUUGGCAGGCCCACGCGAAGGGAUCCUCAAUACUGGGCGUGGAGGCGCUCGACGAUCAGGGUGGGCAAUACCAUCGUCUCGUGACGCACGGGCGAGACCACAAGAUUCACUUCUGGCGAGCAAGAAAGACGAGCUCACAGCCGCCGCCCUCCGUCAAGGCUGCGAGCCACGCUGCGGAAGACCAGGAAAAGGCAGGCAAACCCGAGCUAACGGUCACCAUCGAAGUGAAUGCGCUCAAUUUCUGCAGAUUCUCACUACUCCAUCCAACACCCGGUCAAAGCGGCGAUACCGCAUUCAUUGCUGUCCCGCACACGCUCGAGUCGGGGUGGAUAGACGUCUACUCCGUUGACCUAUCCUCUGGCGGUACUCCCAAGGCGCAACGUAUACACACGGCGAUUGGCAAAGGGAUGCUAUCACCUGGAGGGCUGGCUGCGGGCUCUUCUGCGGCAAGCGGGGGAGCGAUGUCAGGCGGAGUGAGCAGAGCGCCGAUCACCAUGUCCCUUCAUCUCGUUGCGACCGAGGGCGCAGGGCUGGCCAUCCUGGCUGGGUACGAGGAUGGAGCUGUGCGAUUGUGGAAGACAAAGAAGGCGGCCCACGAGAGUGGGGCAUCAAGCGGCUCAGCAGCCGCUGAUAGCAGUGCAGCUUGGUCACUCGUCUGGGAAGAGAAGGUGCACAGAGAGACAGUCCUCAGCACAUGCCUCUCCUAUAGCACCGACCUUCUCAUCUCCACGAGCGCAGAUGAUCGCCUAGCCCUCUUCGCCCAGCCCACGGCGCAUCCGCCGAAUUGGAGCAAGGCGAACGUACUCGAGACACACAAGCAGGGCCGCUCUUCGCUCGCUAUGCUACCCGCUGCGCAGAGGAGAAGAAGCGGCAAUGCGAAGGAAGACGAGUCGGCGCACAUCUUCAUCGUAGGGGGCUGGGACGGGCGGGCACGGCUCUAUCGCGCCUCGCCGGCCGCUGACUCGUACGACGCUGAAAUCAUCGCCGUACUGCGCUACCACAAGGAGUCUGUACAGGCCGUCGCGCUAGCCCGCUCGGCAGACGAUGCCAUUCUGGCCGCUGUAGCGGGAAAGGACGGGCGAAUUUCGCUCUGGAAGCAUGGGAGCUAGUGUCAAAGCGGGCAUAGAGCAAUGAAUGUCUAAGGACCCUUCUGUCGAGAUAGCAAAUAGCAUGGCAUCGUCUAGAGUAGUCCC